UAAAUACCGUUGUUGUUACCAGUCCUCUCUCUUCCGACGGCGAUUGAGGGAGGAGAAGAUCCAGAGAGCUUCGGGUUCGAAAAUGCCUAAGCAAAUAAACGAGAUUAAGGAUUUCCUCCUCACCGCCAGGAGGAAGGAUGCAAGGUCUGUGAAGAUCAAGAGGAGCAAAGAAGUGGUCAAGUUCAAGGUCCGUUGCUCCAAGUACCUCUACACUCUAUGCGUGUUUGACCAAGAGAAAGCCGACAAGUUGAAGCAAUCUCUUCCUCCAGGUUUGAGUGUACAAGACCUGUGAGAUCAAACAUCGGCAGAUGGAGAAACUCCGUGAUGAGGUUUGAUUAUUAUGUAUGUUGAAUUUCUCAAACUUAUUGACGAGACUUUGUAUUGCCUUAGGAUAUUUUGUUUGCCUCUUGAAACAUUCAAAUUUAGUUUUGGUUGCGAAAUGGAAAGACUUGUUUAAUUUAAAGCAAGGUUUGUCACUGGUUCGAGAA